AUGGAACGCGGGCGACACGUGAACGCUGGGGCGUCGAUUGAUUUCCCCUCGUCGUCGAUGAUCGCCGCGCGCGGGGACGACGACGAGCUCUGGACCGCGCUCGCGGUGCCGACGACGUCGGAGAGUGACGUGUGUGUCGAUGCGUUCGUCGAGAGCGAGACGGGAGGGGUGAGUGCGACGAAGGUGAGACGGGCGCGCGGCGAACGCAGGAGCGCGCGACUGAGCGAGCCGCACGUGGCGCCGGUGGUUCGCUUCGGUGCCGUGGACGUCGGAUCGAGUGGUGUCGCGGAGUUGGAUAUCGUGAACGAUACCGCGAUGGCGGCCACGGUGGUGGUGACGGACGUCGAGGCGUUGACGAGGGAUGGGUUCGAAGUGGACGCGGAGCGCGUGGAUGUGCAACCGGGAACGACGGAACGCGUCGUCCUGACUUGGACGCCGAAGCGAGCGAUGUCGGCGACGUACUGUGGGUCGGUGAUGUGUGCGGUGACGUUUGAGUCCCCGAUGCCCGUGCCCGAGGCGGAAAUACGGGUUCGUUUGCGCGGCGUGGCGAGCGGCGAGGUGUUGCGCGCGCUGACGAACGGCGCUGCGAAGGAAAAUCAAAACGGGGGGGCAACAAAACGACCGCGGGACUCUAGGCUAGCGACGAGACGAUCGCUACUUGCGUCGCCACAAAAGAAGGUCGUGAGUGAAGACAAGGCGGCGAUGGACGCGGCGCUCAGGGCGAAGCAAAGACGAAUGGAGGAGGAUUCGGCAAAUCUGGCGCCUGCUCCGGUGGCGCGCGUGCUCCAGUUGCAACGCGCUGGGGAAGACAAGGGUGCGAAACAAACGACAGAGGGCGUUUCGGAUGAUUUCCAAGCCGGUGUGUGGUUGAGACAACAAGAGCUUGCGUUCAUCACGUGGUUAAAUCACACCAUUGUCAUAGACGACGUCGGCACCAUGGGCGAGGACUCUCCAUCAGCAAACCGAGGUGAAUGCGCGUCCGCCCGCGAAGUGCGGCAGACUGUGCGGAAUAAGCUCACUUCGUUGUACAGCUACGACGACGAGCUUGGACGAGUGCUUAAGAAGACUUUUAGGCACGUCGAUAACGCUCGCUUCCGGUUGAAUCGGGGACAGACGUUCUUGGACAACGUCGCGCUCAAAGCUGACUUCACGAGAGCACUAUCGUGCUUUUCGCCGUUCUGGUUACAGCUCGGUGUCGAUGUAGUCAUUGGAGGUGGUAUUACAUGGAAGAGUCGAGGCGAUUUACGCGAAGUGCAAGAAGAAUGCAUCGCCGCCUUGUGCCGGGAUAGAGAUCUGGAGGUUGAAUUUGGAACAGGCGCGACUCCCGGGGCGCCACCGUUCGCUCACGGAUACGAAGAAGCUCUGUGCCGAAAUAUUUUGAAGCGCGUUUUGCUCUUGAUAUUUAUGCUUGACCGCGCGGCAACGAGCGGACUACCGCCGAACACGCCGUUACUGAUGCGUCCACACGCCGCGCUGAAGCAAAGUGAAGAUGUUUUGCAGGCCGCACUGCAAGGCUCGAUGUACGGUGAGGGCGACCUGAUUCGUAAUCUGCGCCAGUGCUCGUACAGGUUAAAUUACAAACAGAACCCCAUCCGAGAGUACGACUUCCGUUGCGCAAAUUUGGCUGUCGAUUUGCGCGACGGCGUUCGUUUGUGUCGACUCAUGGAAGUGCUCAACGCAGACAUUCUCUUCAUGAGUUUCGACGAUAAGAACAAGGAAUGGAAGCGAGGUUUGCUGAAUGAGGUGCACUUUCCGUGCGCUUCUCGUGCUCAAAAGGUUCAAAACGUCGAGGUGGCACUGCGAGCGAUCAAGGAUCAACAAGUGGGACUGCCCGGCACGUGGAGUCAUAUCAAGGCUGAAGACAUAGUUGACGGACACCUUGAGCACACGAUGGGAUUACUCUGGGCGUUGAUGAUGCACUACGCCGCGCCAGGUUUACUCCUUCCCAAGGCACUGGAUGCGGAAAUCACGAGACUUGGUGGCAAGGUUCCCGACGUGAAACGCAUAGAGCGAUUGUCAGCGGCUCGCCGUGGAGACUCUGUCAUCGAGGCGCCGCAGUGCGCAAUGGAAGCGCGCUUGUACGCGUGGGCCAGAGCGGCGUGUGCAACGCAGAAGGUCGAGCUUAGUAAUCUUGGAAGUGGUUUCGCCGAUGGCCGGGCCCUCUGCGCUCUGGUGCGCGCGUACGCACCGUCGAUGAUCCCAAAGCGGCGCAUCAGCAACGUUCCUCUCAAACUUGGCAAUCCAAACGCUGAAGUAGCGAAGAACGCUCGUUUGAUCGCGAAGGACAACUUCGCUGUGGUCUGUAAGGCGAUUCAAGCGCUCGGUGGUGUGCCAAAUCCAACCUUUGACAUACGAUUCUCUAGCGAAGAAGACGAGGGAUCACCCGAUCCGCGCGCGGUGAGUGGCUACUUGCUCUUCUUCAGCGCUCGCCUUCUGUUGCUUCGACAACAAGAGGUUGCGUGCGUGCGCAUUCAGCGCUGGUGGAGAUGGAAUCGACCGCAUCGACCGACUUUUUCCCAAAUCGUACGUAAAUGGACCGCGGCGGCUACAAUCAUUAUCUCACACGUGCGUCGUGUGCAAGGAGCCCGAGCUGUAGAGGCGAGACGGAAAGCAAUCGUGACGGUCCAAUCACUUCGUCGUGCGUGCGUCGUGCGGAAAGCUUACAUCAAACGUAGGAACGCGACGGUGAAAAUUCAAGCAUUCAUACGCAUGUGUAGAGUACGACAAGAGUACCUAGAUACGAAGUGGGCGACGGAGAAGGCGCAGAAGAUGCGUAAAGGUUGUGUGCAGAGAAGGCAGUUCUUGAAGGAAAAGCGCGCCGCUGGCAUCAUCCAAGGUUGGUACAAGAUGAUUUGCGCCCGACAAACGCUUUUAAAUAAGAUUUGCGCGGCUACGAUCAUUCAGGCGCGCUGGCGAGGCUUCACGAAGCGCACUGAGGCGAGGCGCCUUGGCGAGGCGAGAGAGCAAUUGAGGCACAAUGCCGCAGUGAAGCUACAAGCUGCGAUUCGAAAGUGCCUCGUUCGCAAGCAGUUCGUGCGUCUACGAUGGGCGGUAGUGCUCACGCAAGCUCGUACGCGAGGGAAGUCGGCGAGAAAGACGUUUGUCAAGGCAAAGAAGGCGGUCGUGAAGAUUCAGCAAAACGUUCGCCGCUUCUUGACGUUCAACGCGUACAACCAACGGUCGCGGAUGAUCAAAGAAGAAAAGAGGAAGGCUGCGGCGACGACGAUUCAGCGCCACUGGCGCGGCUACAUCACACGCCAUCGCAUUGAUAAAGAACGUUACAAGAUUUGGUUCGUCACGUUGAUGCAAGCAAGCGUCCGGGGAUGGCAAACCCGUCGUAGAGUGGCACAGACGCGCAAGGAACAAGCUGUCAAGUUAAGGAUUCAAAAGAUGCGACUCGCUAAGAAGACAUCCGUGGAGGUGGCUAUACAACAGCCUCGUGUUGCGACGAGACGAAGUGAACAGCUUCGAGCCGCCAUGCGAUAUAAUGCUGCGGAGACGAUUCAGCGAUAUGCUCGUGGUACGCGCAUUCGGAGCAUCCUGGGGCGGCAGAAUGCAGCGGCGACGACCAUCCAGGCUGCUUGGAGGUGUUACGCAGCGAGAGCGGAUUUCGUGAUCAUGAAGGUUGCAGCUUCAAAGAUUCAGGAGGCGUUCAGAUCUUUGAUCCUCGAUAGAAAGAGACGCGAUAAGAUCGAACGUAGUGUCGUUAUUCUUCAGGCGUACGUUCGAGGUUACCUCACGCGUAAGCGCGCCGUGCAUAAACUUGAGUGGCAUCGCAAGAGGAUCACGAUAGCGUCUCGAGUCGAACCUGACGAUCCUGUUUACAAUCGAGCAAAAAAGUCGGUGGCGAUGAUCAUGGCGCCGCACAGUGGCAAAGAGUGCAUCCGAGGGUGCAAGUUCUUCAUUCAGCACUGGAACAACCGAACGUGUCGUAACGCUCUCGCCUCUUCGGAUGCGUUGCACGUGCUCAUGCGGAACAUCCACGCGCUGAAACAUUCGGGAAGCGCCGAUGCGUCGCUCACUGCGGCAUACGCGGAACACGUUCCAUUGCUUAAUGCAGCGUACGAACUUUUCCAACUAGUCGCUGGAGAAAAGCGAUACUCCCACGCCGUGAGAAAGUAUCCCGAGAUUCUCUUCUUGGACCAUGUGCGCUUGUUCCAAGACGAUCCCAAAAUGUUGGCGUCUGCCAUCGGCGUUAUGGACGCUCUGUUUGACAACGUGGGGUCGAAGAUAUCGGUAGCGAGCGAAAACGACUCGCGUCUCGAUCGAGCCGAAGAGAUCCUCGCCGCCAAUCGCGCCACGCUGCGAACGACGGUCUCGUUCUAUGCAAAGAGUGGGCUGACACAAAAUGAGGCCAAGGCGCGCGAAGCCUUGGUGCUCAUCGACCGAUGUUUAUCGAGUCUCAAUCGUCUUCGAAGACACGCCCGCGCCAAGUUGAACAUCGCGGCGUAG